AUGUCACACAGAAGCGGAUACAUUCUCACGCUGGUUGUCCUGUUUUGUCUUUUUGUAACUGCCUUUUGUAAGUUCCCAACUCUAGACCACUUAAAACCGAAAGCCAGCGACAAAAGCCAGGGCAGAGCGGUGGUGGAGCUGCUGAAGCGGCUGCUGGGGAACAGGUCCACGGAGUUCAUAGUGUCAGUCAACCGGAGCCUUUCCAACGACAGCCUGGAUGUGUGUGAGCUCAGGUCCACCAGGAACAAUAAGAUAUACGCUACAGGCAGCAACGGAGUGGCCGUGGCUACUGGCAUUUACAACUAUUUGAAAUAUUUCUGCAACUGCCAUGUUUCGUGGUCCGGUGACCAGCUGGAUGUGCCCCGUCCUCUUCCGAGGGUCACCGGCGUCCUGCGCAUCAACACCCAGCACAGAUUCCGGUAUUACCAGAACGUGUGCACGUUCAGCUACUCCUCUGUGUGGUGGGACUGGCCCAGAUGGGAGAGAGAGAUCGACUGGAUGGCUCUCAAUGGGAUCAACCUGCCGCUGGCCUUCACUGGCCAGGAGGCCCUGUGGCAAGAGGUUUACAGGGCUCUCGGGUUGAACCAGUCAGAGAUCGAGGAGUUCUUCUCCGGCCCCGCGUUCCUGGCCUGGAACCGAAUGGGGAACCUUUUCAAGUUUGGAGGGCCCCUGCCUCAGUCCUGGCACGUGAACCAGCUCUUCCUCCAAUUUAAAAUCUUGGAGCGGAUGAGAUCCUUCGGCAUGAUUCCCGUGCUGCCGGCCUUCUCUGGGAACAUUCCCGCUGGAAUCCUCAGGCUGUUCCCAGAAGCCAAUGUGACCAGGCUGGGCCCCUGGGCUCACUUCAACUGCAGCUACUCGUGCUCCUACGUCUUAGACCCCCGGGACCCUCUGUUCCUGCAGAUCGGCUCCCUCUACCUGUCCCAGGUGGUGAAGCAGUUUGGAACAGAUCACAUCUACAACACUGACACCUUCAACGAGAUGACCCCCCCCUCCUCUGACCCCGCCUACCUGUCAGCAGUCAGCCGCUCCGUCUUUGCCUCCAUGACCGCAGUUGAUCCUCAGGCGAUCUGGCUGAUGCAGGGCUGGCUGUUCUUCAGUGACACAGCGUUCUGGAAGCCGGCCCAGAUUCAGGCUCUACUACACGGAGUGCCUCUGGGCAGAAUGAUCGUGCUGGACCUGUUUGCAGAGACGGAGCCAAUUUUCUCCUACACAGAGUCUUUCUACGGGCAGCCCUUCAUCUGGUGCAUGCUGCAGAACUUUGGGGGCAACAGCGGAUUCUUUGGCACGGUGGAGAGCAUGAACUCGGGGCCCUUCAAAGCCUUACAGUUCCCAAACUCCACCCUGGUUGGCAUAGGCAUGACGCCCGAGGGCAUUGAGCAGAAUCCGGUGAUGUACGAGCUGAUGAGCGAGCUGGCGUGGCGUAAGGAGCCGGUCAACCUGUCCAAGUGGGUCUCGCUGUACGCUAUGCGUCGCUACGGCAGCACGCAGGACAGCCUGGCGGCGGCGUGGAGGCUCCUGUUCGCCAGCGUCUACAACUGCACCGUGCCACACUACAAAAACCACAACCACAGCCCCCUGGUGCACAGACCCUCUCUCCACAUGAACGCUGACCGGUGGUACGACCCGGCUGAUUUGUACAAAGCCUGGAAACUGAUCAUCGAGGCGGCUCCGUCCCUCAUGUCCAAGGAGACUUUCCACUGCGAUCUCGUGGACGUGACUCGGCAGGUCCUACAAGUCCUGACAACAAGCUUCUACCAGGAUAUCGCAGAUGCUUUCAAGAACCAGAAGCUGCCGGAGCUGCUGACUGCGGGGGGGGUGCUGGUGUACGACCUCCUGCCUGAACUCAACCGUCUGCUGAACAGCGACCGCAACUUCCUGUUGGGGACAUGGCUGGAGAGGGCCCGCUCCUUCGCCCUGGAUGAGAAGGAGGCUCAGCUGUACGACAUGAAUGCCAGGAACCAGCUCACUCUGUGGGGUCCCAGCGGUGAGAUCCUGGACUACGCCAGCAAAGAGUGGGGGGGCCUCAUGGAGGACUACUACGCCCAGAGAUGGGGUCUUUUCGUUGAAACCCUGGUAGAGUGUCUGCACACUGGACGGCCAUACAAGCAGGACACCUUUAACCAGGCCGUGUUCCAGGUGGAGAAGGGGUUCAUUUACAACGCCCGAAAAUAUCCGACCAAGCCUCAGGGCGACACGUACGAGAUCGCCCGCAGGAUCUUCCUCAAGUACUACCCCCAGGCCUUGAAGAGACUAUAGUGAGCAGAGGAUUCAUUUUGGAAAAACUUGUCUCAAGUCACAGCAAGAAGAAUGUCUCCACCUCCAGUUUUCCAUGGCUGUCCCAAAACAUUUUGAAAUGGAAACUCUAACACCUGGAUUUGCAGAAACAAUCUGUUUUGCACACAUAGCAACAUCAGUGGAUAGCUGAGAAUGAUGAAGGGAACAAAUACUUUUACUUUACAUUCACACUUUAGGAAUAUUCAAUCAAGCCUUAUCAAACACAAGUUCAGCAAAAUAAAUGUGUUAUGAGUGGUGCAGUGAUGAUAAAUGUAUGUAGGCCAACCAGGAAGUUAGCAUUGCAUGAGCUCCCUCAAUGGGAUUUUCACAUAAAACAUUUAAAUUGGAAUAUUUCAGAAAAUAAGAUCUGUGGCAGUCACACUUUUUUGAUACUUCCAUGUUUUUUCAGCUGGAUAAUCUCCAUAUAUUAACACAACUUUUAUAAUAGUUGAGGCAUAAAUGCAAUCGGCAGAAGUAAAAAGCUAACAUUAGGCAAUAAACUAACAACAUGGCUGCAUAUCACCACCGCUAAGCUAAAGACGGCUAAUGUUUCGCGUGAUGAUGUUUAGUCGUCUCAUUUAGUCACACUUCAGACAUUCACCAGUGAGGUAUUUACUGACAUAUGUAAUGUCAUUCAAAUAAGUAUCUUAAGCUUGUGAUAACCACAGAUUUUACUUCAGGCAUCUAACAAAAAAUACAUUCCGAAAACAGUUGUCUUCAAGACGAGGAUACUUGUUACUGGUAAAAUGCGGACUUGUUUCCAGGUUUGAGGACUCAUUCCUGCACCACUCUUACAUAAGACUGUUUCAAAUUGAUCCCUUUGUUUGGCAUUUCAUGUGUGCGUCCCUUGGAACUGUUUUUAAUUCCACUGCUCUGGUUAGCUUAGCUUAGCUUAGCAUAAAGACUGCAAGCAGGGGAAAAUAGCUAGCUUAGCUCUGUCCAAAGUAUUAUGUUAAUUACACAGUGUAUUUUCUUUAACAUGUACCCCAAGAGAAGACAACAUUUUGGGUUCAGGAAGAGUUGGGAUGUGGAACUAGUUCCCAACGGUUUGCUCUGCACUGCAUCUCCAACCCAGUCUCACGGCAUUUCGUGUUAUUAGUCACGAAAUUAAUUUAAUCUAUUGAUUC